CCCUUUUGGUUCUACUUGGUUUAGUUUCGUUUUUGCCUUUCGAAACAAUUUCGUCGUUUUGACCGUUGUAGAUUAAGGUUUUCAUCGUCAGCAAGUGUUUUGCCGUGUGUUUGAAAACAUGAGAGGGUUUGUCGUCGUCUUCCUGCUUGGGGUGCUGUAUUUUGAGGGUUCGGUGUCUAAAGAAAGUGAUCCAAAGGUUCAGGUGUACAGUCGCAAACCAGGAGAGUAUGGCAAGGAGAACAUUCUGAUCUGUCAUGUUAAUGGCUUCCACCCUCCUGAGAUUGGCAUUGAGCUGAUCAAAGGUGGGGAAGUGAUUCCUGGAUCCGUACAGUCUGACCUGGCCUUUGAGGAGAGCUGGUUCUACCAUCUUACCAAACACGUCCCCUUCACCCCGACCAAGGGAGAGGAGUACGCCUGCAGGGUGACGCACCUGGGAAAGACUAAAACAUACAUUUGGGAAUCAGAUAUGUAACUUCUUUACCGCCUUCUUCCAGGGCCUGAGGAAUGUGAAGAUGGUCUCUCUGUCAUGUGAGGUUUCAUCGUAUAUGCUUUGAGCAUCAGCAAACAAGAGGACAGACUGUAAUUCUACCUGCUGUGUUUUUAUGAGAAAUUCAAAAUGGCCUCAGAGGUUCAUUAUGUGAUUGGUGAAUUCACCAUUGACCACAAGGGGGCAGAAACACUCCAAAGUUCAGAAUACCAGCUCAGAACUGCAUAGUACAGUGUCACCAUAUGAAUUAGAUGAAAUCCUUCUGUAUGAAAGUUUUAUGUAAGUGCCAACUCAGUAGGUAAACCGUGCACUGCAAAUGUUCACCUGCUUUCAGUCAGGAGUUGAGCUCUGUCCAUAAAUUGUAGUCUGUAAGACAAGUAAUGUAUGAAUAUUCCUUACUUCCCUUGUGUAAAUAAUAUCUUUUGAUUGAUGAGCCUAGCCUAUGUGUGACCAACCCCCCCGCCCAUUAUCAGUGUGGCCAAAAACCUAAACACCGAUGAAGGAAGUCAUCUUUUGACCCAGUUUAUAUAUUAAAAAUGUCACCUGCUGGAGCCUAAUAAGCCUAAUUGGAAGGUUAAUCCCUCUCUUUUAAUGUCUGAUGCCUAAUUUAAAAUCGUAACUUACACCUGUUUCCACCUGUUUCUAUUGAUAAAUGAGUGAGUUUGUCUUGUGUCUAUCCUCAGUACCUUAGCUUUAUCUCCACUGAAAAAUAUGAUUUAAAGUAUCUCUAAAAAUAUUAUUUACACUUAAGGGUGACAAAUCUAUGCACUUUCCAAGGGUAAAUUUUGGCUUGGUUGUCAUGUUAUAUGAAAUGUGUGUAUAUUAACUCUGUUAUGCAUCAGUUGUGUGCGACUCCUAUAACUGAGUAAAUUAUGAAAUAAAAGAUUUUAAUUUUCUGUA